AUGACCAUGCCUUGUCGAACAAACGUCCCACAGUCUCAGACGACAUACCACAGCUUUCAUGACAUUGAAUUGUACGAGCCAGCCUCGCCACCAAGGAAGUCGGCACCAGCUGUGCGAGAGUUCGAGGUCGACAGGUCGACAUCGAGCGAGGAAGACCGGCCUCCCGCCAAGUUCCAGAUGAAGCGACAGGAUUCCGGUUACGAGUCCUAUGGUCCGGGCACCAGCCCCCGAACCUCCAUGUCGUACGGCAGACCGUCACCACCACCUCGCCGUCCGACUUCAACAUCAGUCCGUACUUCCACCAGCAUCGUGCCUCAUCCACGCACGAGGCCCACCACCCGACGUUCGACCAACAAAUCCUACCACCAAGCCAACUCCUCCUCGGUGCACAUUGUCCGUCCUCCGCCGUCGGCGCCGCAGCCCUCAAGCUACUUUCACUUCCCGCCGCCGGAUCCCUUUGCAGAUGCGCUCGUUGAGCAUGAGGUCUCGCCACCGUCACCGGCUUCACCACCACCACAGACCACGCACUACUGGACGAGCGACCAAACCCGACGUCUCGAGUACGCUGCCAUUGACGCGGCCAGCCGUGGAGUCAAGGGCUGGUGCCGUCGCAACCUCAUCCCGGACUGCCUGACCGCCAAAGCGGAACGACACGUCUCCUUUGACGACGACACGGGCAGCGUGCGACGCUACAGACUGGAGCUCGAGGAAGAGGACGCAAAGAGCGUUGCACCCAAGAAGAGGAAGACGUGGCAUUUUUGGGCCUAG